UUGGAUGAGUUUUAUGAAGGACUUAUUGAGCAGCAUCUCAAUCCCAAUAGGCCAAAAUUAAUGGAAGGAGAUAUUAUUGAUCUUUUGCUCCAAUUAAAGAAAGAGGAUUCAACUCCAAUCAAUAUCACUUUGGACAAUAUAAAGGCAAUUCUCAUGAAUAUAUUUGCAGCUGGAACAGACACUGUGGCGACAUCAUUACUUUGGGCAAUGACAGCAUUGAUAAUGAACCCGAAAGCCAUGAAGAAAGUCCAAGAAGAAAUAAGAAAAUCAGUUGGAAAGAAAGGAAUGGUGAAUGAAAAUGAUAUACAAAAUUUUCACUAUCUUAAAGCAGUGAUAAAGGAGACAUUUAGAUUGUAUCCUCCAGCUCCAACUCUUGUGGCAAGAGAAACAAUUCAAAAAUCCAUACUAGAAGGGUAUAAAAUUCCACCAAAGACUAUUAUUUACGUUAAUUAUUGGGCUAUCGCGAGGGAUCCUGAAUACUGGAAAAAUCCAGAAGAGUUUAUACCCGAGAGAUUCUUGAAUAGCAAUAUCGACUACAAGGGCCAAGAUUUUGAGUUUAUUCCAUUUGGAGCAGGCAGGAGAGGUUGCCCGGGUAUUGCUCUUGCUGUUGCAACUUUGGAGCUUAUACUUUCAAACCUUGUCUAUGCAUUUGAUUGGGAGUUGCCUUGUGAUAUGAAGAAAGAAGACAUUGACACUGAUGUUUUGCCUGGAGUUACUAUGCACAAGAAAAAUGCCCUUUGCCUUGUCCCUAAAAAUUAUCUUUAGACCUA